AGGAAAAACUGCAUCAGCUGCAAAUGUUCAAGGGAUAUUCAUGACGUCAUCGUGGAGCAUGGCGGAAGACCCAGAGUGGGAUUGCUUCCUACUGCACAAGAGAUAACCGAGCCUAGAAGCCUGGGCUAUGCGUUUAUACCUUCUGGUUUAACUUCUGCUCGCCUCGUCGACCAAUUCUAUUCAAUGCUCCCCAAUUCCGAUGUUCCACGUUUGGGGACCAAGGGAGAAGUUAUUCGUACGCAACGCAUACUUAAACAACUGCCUAGGCAAGAUUUAUCGAUAAACGCGUGUAAGCACAUAGAGCCUGAAAAUAGAAGCAGCUACCAAGACUUUAUCAACGCUAGAAAUGAAAUAGCCUUAGACGUGGGCUGCGUACGUACAGCUCUUCCCGAUAUGAGCUGCAUGGGCUGUUCGAAGUCGAUAUUGCCCCAACAAACUUGCGUAUCAGCCCCUCGUCUGGGCAAAAACCUCUGGCACCCCCCGUGCUUCAAAUGUUCCACAUGCGAUGAUCUCCUGGUCGAUUUAGCGUAUUGCGUCUUUGAAGACAACGUGUACUGUGAAAGACAUUACGCCGAAAAGCUAAAACCACGAUGCGCUUCUUGCGACGAGGUAAGUGCAUGAUUUACUAAAACAAUC